AAUUGAUAGCUGUGUACCUAUCGGCCAUUCAAGGUGUUUCCCUCGGUAACGAUAGCUGCCGACCAUCCCAGUUCGAUAGAUACCGGUAGUCAUCUUUGCAUGCUUCCGACCUCCCGCCCAGCUGAAGCGGUGCCUCUUCACCAACACAUGCAGGGGCAGCAGAUAAUAUAAAGCACUUCAAUCCACCCUCUCAAUCAUUUGUACAUACAAUACGGUAUCUGCUUCACAAUGACCAUCAAGAAGACUCCCAUCUGGCUCGAUUGCGACCCCGGUCACGAUGAUGCCUUCGCGAUCAUCCUCGCGGCCGAGCACCCUCACCUGGACCUAUUGGGGAUCUCGACCGUCCACGGCAACGCCUCUCUCCCCCGCGUAACCUACAACGUCCUCAGCAUCCUGACGUCCAUCGGGCGGACCUCCAUCCCCGUGUACUCCGGCUGCUCCAAGCCCUUCAUGCGGCCGGCCGUGCAUGCGCCGGACAUCCACGGCUCCAGCGGAAUCGACGGGACUUCACUGCUGCCCAUCCCCACCGCCUCCGCCCAACCCGCCAACGCGAUCACCGCAAUGGCGUCCGCGAUCCUGUCGACUCCUCCACAGACCUGCGUUCUCGUCGCCACAGGCACACUAACGAACAUCGCUCUACUCCUGGCGACGUUCCCGGCAGUGGCGGGGCACCUCCGGGCGCUGUCAGUGAUGGGCGGAGCGUUCGGCACGCGCGCCGACGCGCGCGGGAAUAUCACGCCGCACGCGGAGUUCAAUAUCUACUGCGACCCUGAGGCCGCCCAGAGCAUUUUCUCGAACCGCGCGCUGUCUGGCAGGAUCACGCUCGUGCCGCUGGAUAUUACCCAUACGGUGCUGGCGACGGAUGAGGUGCUGGAGAGGCUACGCUACGGAGGAGAGGGCGUAAGGGGCAGCAGUGAGCUGAGAGUUAUGCUCGUGGAGCUCCUCACGUUCUUCAGGGAUACGUAUGCCAAGGUCUUUGGGAUUACGGCUGGCCCCCCGCUGCAUGAUCCGUUGGCGGUCGCGGCGGUGUUGCCGACGGACGAGGUGCAGUGGGAGAUGGAGGAAGUGCGGGUCGAGGUUGUGUGCCAUGGCGAGGAGGUCGGCAGGACCGUUAAGACGAGGGAGGAGCCCGCGGUGAUCGGUGAGGGAUUGGGAGCGGGCGGAAAGGAUCCGUAUACUACUGUUCUGGUGCCGAAGAAGGUCGAUGUCGAUGCGUUCUGGAAGUUGCUGUUGGAUAUGGUGACGGCGGCGGAUGGGAGGUAUACAUGGCCGGAGACGGCGACUGUGGACGCCUAGACGGGCGAUACCUACUUGUUUUUACUGUACUGGGAAAUGGAGAGCUAUGGAUAUAGAACCUUCAUAUACAUUGCGAAUGAAGUAUAGAAGU